UCAGUUGUACAAACACACUUGUUAUACAGACAUACAAUGAAGUACAAUUUGCAGGACAAAGCGGCUGGGGACCCUGCACGGGGCAGGGCCAAUGUGUGGACAACGCUGAAUGCUCAGUCACAUCUGCUGGGGCUGCGGGGACAUGUGAAUGUGACAAGGGCUACUACUCCGACAAGGGCAGCUGCAUCAAGAGGAAGCUUGUGGGGGAGCCGUGUGCCACCUCCGGCCAGUGCGUAGACAAGGCAAACUGCUCCAACGGCGUCUGCCAGUGCACCCAGGGUCAUUAUAACGACAUGGGUCGCUGCGCUGGAACAAUCCCUCCCAACCAGCCGUGCACGGCCUCUGGUCAGUGUGUAACGGACGCCGAGUGUGAAGCGCCUCCUAACGGUACCUGCCGAUGCCUCAAGGGGUUCUAUGAUCAAGACUCCCAGUGUCUAGCGGUUAAACCCCCUGGUCACGCAUGCACGGACAGUAAACAGUGCGUAGAGAACGGUGAGUGCCAACCGUCCAGCGGCAACUGCACAUGCGUCAAAGGCUUCUACAGCGACAAGAACGCGUGUUACCCAGUGAAGCCCGAGAAGGCAGGUUGCACCGGACUAGGACAGUGUUCGGACAACGCUGAGUGUUCUACUCCCAGUGGAGGUCUUUGUACUUGCAACGAAGGCUUUUACGGGGAGGGAGGAGCGUGCUUGCCACGCGUGCUGGUGGGUUCGGCCUGCAUGCGACCAGACAAUGCGUGGACCAUGCCAAGUGCUCCUCAGACGGGCUGUGCGAGUGCACUCAAGACUUUUAUGGGGAAAACGGCACGUGUGUGCCGGACGUGCUGGAGGGGCAGCCAUGCACAGACAGCGGGCAGUGCGUCGCUCACUCCCAGUGCACUAGCACUCCUGCACUCGGCCGCGUCUGUCUGUGCACCGGUGACUUCUAUGCGGAAAAUGGACUGUGUAAGCCAGACAUCCCUGUAGGAGAUGUUUGCAGCAACACCAAGCAAUGUGUGUCCAACGCCAGCUGUUCAUCAGUCAGUUCUCUAUGCGAAUGUGACUACGGCUUCUUCGAGAACGUCGGCACGUGCCACUCGGUGGUCCCGCAAGGUCUGCCCUGCAACGUCUCUAAGCAGUGUGUAGAGAAUGCAACGUGUUCUCAGAAUUCCUCCACGUGUGAGUGCCUGCCUGGCUUCUAUGAGGACAACGGACAGUGUCCACAAGAUGUUUCUGAAGGAGAAGCGUGCACGGAAUCUAAGCAAUGCGUGGAGAAUGCCGAGUGCCUCUUGCUUCCAGGUGGUCAGUCUCUUUGCACGUGCAAGCCAGAUUUCUACGGAGACGAGGGGGUGUGCCAGAGUCGUUUACCCGAAAACUCAGCUUGCGUGGACAACAAACAGUGCGUUGCCAACGCAACGUGCCAGACAACUCCAGCUGGGAACAAGUGCGUUUGCAUGCAAAGUUAUUUUGGUAACAAUGGGACAUGUCUUCCAGAUUUGUUAGAAGGUACACCCUGUAUAGAAUCAAAACAGUGUGUGGACAAUUCUUUGUGCUCUAACGAAACAGGUAGCUGUGUCUGCUUCGAAGCGUUUUACGGAGAUGAUGGCCUUUGCAUUCCUGACGUGGCCGAAGGACACAGCUGCAAUGAGACCAAACAGUGCACGACUAAUGCUACCUGUUUGACCGACCUGAACACAGGAAAUCAGACGUGCGUCUGUGAUGAAGGUUACUAUGGAGACAAAGGUCAAUGUUUGGAGAGGAUCCCUGAGAGUCAGACCUGCAGUGACACUAAGCAGUGUGUAUCAAACAGCAAGUGCGCAGACUCGGGGACAAACAAGCGCUGCACGUGCAUGGAAGGAUUUUACGCGGACGGGGGCCAGUGCUUGAAGAGCGUUCCGGAGGGACAAAGCUGUGAGAGGACAGAGCAAUGCGCCGACAACGCCCAGUGUGCCAGUCUUCCCCGGAAGUGUGUGUGCGUCGAGGGCUACUAUGGCGAUAAAGGUGAAUGCCUGCCUCAGAUCGGGCCAGGUGAGUCGUGCAACCAAACAGAGCAGUGUGUGGACAACGCCCAUUGCCUGUCGCAGGGCGGGACGUGUCAGUGUGACCCUUACUAUUACUCCGAGGCAGGUCAGUGCAAGCCCGUGGUGCCCGAGGGAGGCGCGUGCACAGAAGACAAGCAGUGCAUCUACAACGCGACCUGCUCUCCAGUUACUGGCAAGUGUGGGUGCCAGGAAGAGUUCUAUGCUGAACAAGGUGAUUGCCUUCCCGACAUCCCAGAAGGCCAAGCGUGCAACGGCAGUCUCCAGUGUGUGAUUCACGCUGUGUGCUCUGCUCGAGUCAACGGCUGGUGCAACUGUACGGAUGACUAUUACGGCGACGGAGGACAAUGCCAUCCGCGCAAAGAGGAAGGUCAACCGUGUGACUCAGUGGGUCAGUGCGUGGACAAUGCCGAGUGUCAACUGGACAGCGGACAGUGCCACUGUCUUCCUGGCUUUUACAACGAAACAGGACAAUGCUUCCCUCUAAUCCCUGCCGGAAAAACGUGCAAAAGGACAGAGCAGUGCACUGCUGAUGCAGUCUGUGACAUAAACAAGUCUAAGAAGUGCGUGUGCAGCAGUGGCUUCUAUAACAACGGGGGUGAGUGCCACCCACUGAUUGUGCCAGAGAAUCCGUGUACUGGUCUCGGCCAGUGCAUAGCCAACGCAGAGUGUUCCUCCAACACCACUGGCGUCUGCUUCUGCAAUGAGAAAUACUUCCUCAAUAAAGAUAAAGAUAGAUGCGAACCUGUAAAGGGUGCAGGUGAGAACUGCACAGCAGCUGGACAGUGUGUGGACAAUGCCGAAUGUUCAAACAGCAUGGGUGGAGUUUGUCAGUGUCUUCCCGACUUCUACGCCGACAAGGGUCAUUGUGUGGUCAGGAAGCAGGUACCAGAAUCGUGCAAGGACACGGGCGAGUGUGUGGCUAACGCAGUGUGCUCUCCUUCGAAGAAAGUGUGCGAAUGCAGCGAGGGAUUCUACGCCGACAACGGCCGGUGCGCCGGAACGAACGCCCCAGGAGAGCCGUGCUCUGGCCGUGGACAGUGUGUGGUUGAUGCAGAGUGCGAGUCAGACAAGGGGGGCAGUUGUGUCUGCAACAACGGCUUCUACCAAGACGGCAAGCACUGCUCUGCAUUGAAGCCACCAGGUCAGACCUGCGCAGGAGACUUGGAAUGCGUGAAAAACAGCACCUGCAACACCAACUCCUCAAGGUGCACCUGUCUGGCGGGCUUCUACAGCGAGGCCACCUCAUGCCAGCCACUGAAAGCCGCUGGAGAGACUUGUACUAAUUAUGGACAGUGUACUGCGAAUGCAAACUGCACUGCGGAAGGCGGAGGCAAGUGCCGGUGUCUGGCUGAAUUCUAUGAGGAAAGUGGCGUCUGCAGGAACCGGGUCAAGGAGGGACAGCCAUGCGAGGCCAAAGGUCAAUGCGUGGCCAAUGCCGAGUGCUCUAAUGGCGCGGGAGGGACGUGCGAGUGUAUGAGCGAUUAUUAUGGGGACGGCGGCAAAUGUCACAAAAAACGCGACGAGGGACAAGCAUGUACAGAAACUAAGCAGUGCACGUACAACGCUCAGUGCUCAGCCAACGGUACGUGUCAAUGCAACCGCGGGUUCUAUGAGGACGGCGGCAAGUGCCUGAAGAAGCUGGACUCCGGUAGUGACUGCACCGUGGACAAGGAGUGCACUUUCAACGCAGAAUGCUCGCGGAGUAGAGGUGUUUGCGAGUGCAUAAAAGGAUAUCACGUGGAAAAGGGCAAAUGUUUGCUCAAUAUCCCUGAAGGUAGCGCGUGCAAUGACACUCGGCAGUGUGCUGAAAAUGCAGCAUGCGUCACAGGCAUCAACGGACCUAUUUGCACCUGUGGUAGUGGUUACUAUGGAGACGAUGGUAAAUGCAUGAAAAUGCAUGGCGUCGGCGAAACGUGCAACACAUCCAAACAGUGCACGUACGACGCUGUGUGCGAGGGCGGAGAGUGUGUCUGCGAGCACGACUUCUACGAGCACCGGGGCAAGUGUCUGGAGAGAAUAGAUGAGUCCAAGCCGUGCAAUGAGACCAAACAAUGCACACACCUCGCUGACUGUUCUCUGGGUGCGGACAGUGUGUGUGAGUGCCGUCGUGGCAACUAUCCGGAUAAAGGCAAGUGCUACCCAUGGCUGAACGAGAGCCAGCCUUGUAAAGGUGACAUCCAGUGCACCAUCAACGCCUUCUGCUCGCCGCAAGCGAAGUGCGAGUGUCACGAUGGCUUUUACGCUCUGGGUGGACAGUGUCUGGGGGUCAAAGAUGAGGGUCAAGCCUGCAACAACACUAACCAGUGCACAGAGAACGCCGAAUGUUCACAGGAGACCGACUACGUCUGUCGCUGUAAAUACAAGUACUACGCCUAUAAAGGCAAGUGUCAAGAGCUGAAAGACGAGGGGGCGUCCUGCAACUCAACAAAUCAGUGCACGUUCAACGCCCAGUGUUCGGUCAUCCAUGGCUUUGUAUGUAAGUGCGUGGAAGGGUUUUACGUUGACCGAGGAAGCUGCUUCAAGAAAGUAGAGGAAGGACUGCCCUGCAACAGCACAUCCCAGUGCACAGAAAACUCCAACUGCUCGCCUGCAGAUGGACACACCUGCCAGUGCCUGAAUGGUUACUACGGCGACAGCGGAAGCUGUAAACCCAAGAAAAAUGAAGGUCUUCCGUGCAGUCUUUCUAAAGAGUGCACAUACAAUGCUGAAUGUGCUAGUCCGGAGGGAGUGUGUCGCUGUCAAGGGAGGUUCUAUGCUGACAAUGGUCAGUGUCGAGAGAAGAUUUCCAUGGGUUUGCCUUGCAACUCAUCGAACCAGUGCACUGACAACGCCGUCUGCUCUGCAAAGCAUAACGACACGUGUCAGUGCAUGUCAGGGUAUUUCGGCAGCGAGGGCAAGUGCAAAGGUGCGAUUAAAGAAGGAAACCCGUGCACAGGCCUGGGGCAAUGUGUGGACAACGCAGAAUGUUCUGGCACACUGGGAGGGACUUGCCGCUGUAACAACGGCUACUUCACUACCAACGGUACUUGCAUCAGGAUGCGGCAGGAGGGGGAGGCAUGCACGGGGUCUGGCCAGUGUGUGGACAACGCCACCUGUGUUCCUCCUGAGGGAGGAACUUGCAGAUGUAAAGAGGCAUUCUAUGCUGCCUCAGGGAUGUGUCAGCAAAAGAAACUGGCGGGCCAGCCUUGCUCAGGGUUCGGUCAGUGUGUGGACCACGCCGAGUGCUCGGCGGGCGCCAACUCCACGUGCAAGUGCAAAGCGGGCUUCUACGAUGCGUGGGGCAAAUGCUAUACUCAAGUUGGUGCUGAGAAACCGUGUACAGGUCUGGGACAGUGUGUUGAAAAUGCAGAAUGCUCGGACCCCAAUGGCGGGCUGUGCUUAUGCAAACAGGGUUUUUACAAGGACGCUGACCAGUGCAGGAGCAAGCUGAGCGAUGUCCCUUUGCAGCGCUUGAAGAAAAAGGCGGGUACGGACUGCAAUGUGUCCACCGAGUGCGUGGACAACGCUGUGUGCUCCGUGCUCACCGGCAAAUGUGUCUGUAUAGAUGGCUUCUUUCAGGACCAAGAUUUCUGCGCCGGAACGAGUCCUCCCGGGAAGCCAUGCAGCGCUGAGGGUCAGUGUGUGGCCAAUGCAGAGUGCUCUUCCCCAGCAGGUGGCGUGUGUAAGUGCUUACCAGCUUUCUACGUCAGAGCCGAUCAGUGUCUCCCGCUCAAACACCCGGAUGAAAAGUGCGGCUCCACAGAAGAAUGUGUCGGCAACGCAGAGUGUGUGCAGGGCGUCGACGUCAAGGUGUGCAAAUGCAGGGCAGGAUUUUACUCCACGACAGCAGGAUGCGAGAAGAAGAAGAAACCAGGAGACACGUGCACUGCAUACGGGCAAUGCAUCGACAACGCCCAAUGCUCAUCCGAGGAGGGUGGUCUGUGUCAGUGCCAGCUUGGGUACUUUAACAACACAGAGGGAACUUGCCAAAAACGGGUGGCCCUCGGCCAGCCUUGCACCCCGCAAGAUACGUGUGCAGAAAACGGCGUGUGCUCGGAUGACACGGGGGGAGAGUGUGAGUGCCAGCCCAACUAUUACAUGGUCAGCGGCAAGUGCGUCCUCCGUAAGAACGUGGGCGAGAAGUGCCGCGACACCGGGCAGUGCGUCCACAACAGCGAGUGCGACAAGACCUCCCGUGACUGUCGCUGUCUCGAUGGCUACUUUCCUGCUGACGGGAAGUGUUCUUCUGCUAAAGCUCCAGGACAAUCAUGUGGUAAUCAGGAACAAUGCGUUGCAAAAACCGAAUGUAAGGAAGGCGUAUGUACUUGCAUCCAGCCCCUCUACCAAAAUGGCGCCACCUGCCAAGAACCUAAAAAAGCUCACGAGAGUUGUUCAGGUGCUGGACAGUGUGUGUCCAACUCGACGUGUUCGUCAAGCGCAAAGUGUGAGUGCAACCCUGGCUUUUUUGCUGCCGAUGACGGCACGUGCAAGCCUAGAAUAGCCCCCGGUGACAAGUGCACGCGAGCUGGUCAAUGUGUCGACAUGGCUGAAUGCACCAACGAGUUUGGAGGAGAGUGCCGAUGUCAGGAUGGCUUUUUCUCCGACAUGAAAACCUGUUCUCCCCUUAAAGAAGUAGGAGACACCUGCUUGGGACAAGGCCAAUGCAAAGCAAACACCAAAUGUUCUGUUAACCAAGGUCUGGGCGUGUGCGAGUGUCAGGAAGGGUUCUACGAAGUAAACAAUGCUUGUAAAGAGCAAAUUCCUGCUGGCGAAUCCUGUACUAGUCGAGGGCAGUGCACUGCUCCAUCAGAAUGCUCCAUGGACGAGCUCAGCAAGUGCGAAUGUCCGAAAGACUUCUUUGCAAAGGCGGGUCAGUGUGUAGAAAGAACACCUGCCCGACAGCCUUGUGAAGGUCUCGGAGAGUGUGUCAUCAAUGCCGAGUGUACGACACACAUGGGAGGGCUCUGCGAGUGUUCGGACAACUUCUACAAAAUAAACGGACAAUGUCAGAGAAGAAAGUCUGACGGAAACCCUUGCACUUCCUCGCGUGAGUGCGUCAUCGGUGCCAGCUGCAUGAUGGGAACUUGCAAAUGUAGUGAAGGAUACCACCUCGACAUAGGCACGUGCUCUCCGAACCGAAAGGUUGGGGAGAGAUGCAAGCAAGGUCAGUGUGUCGACAACGCCUUGUGCACGGCGUCGCUGUCUGGUCUCUGUGCAUGCCAAGAUGGCUUCUUGCAGACUCCUACUGGAGAGUGUGCAGGAGCUCUUCCCCCUGAUGCAUCCUGCACACAGAAAGGCACGUGCGUGCAAGGUGCCGAAUGUUCACUGACUGGCAAAUGCUUGUGUAAAGAUGGCUUUUUCAAAAGUGACAGCAAGUGUGUGCCACUCCUCACGCCCACGGAGCCAUGCCAGGAAACAGUUCAGUGUGUUUCUAACGCCACAUGUAAACCAGAAGGUUCCGCAGCUAAAACGUGUCAGUGUAAAGAAGGUCAUUUUAACGACUUAAAAGGAAGUUGCCUACCUCUUAAGCAUCCAGAGGAAAUAUGUUCUAGUGUCGGUCAGUGCGUUGCCAAUGCCGAGUGUACCUCUCCUUUUGGAGGCCUUUGCAUGUGCAAGAUUGGGUUUUACGGACUAGGCGGACAGUGUAAGCCAGUAGAGAGACCUGGACGUCCCUGCUCUGGUACCGGACAGUGCGUAGCCAACGCCACCUGCUCGUCCACAGCGUGUCAGUGCCUGGCGGGCCAUUACGACAGCGAGGGUGUGUGUCUCCCACUCAAAGGACCAGGCGAGUCGUGUUCCGGCAAGCUGAAUGCUCGAGAACGCAUACUGCGAUGUUGUGCAGAAAUCGUGCACGUGCACAGCGAAACACGUGAUUGAUAGAUGGAACGUGCAAACCUGCUGUAGCUGCUGA